AAUCAUUUUGUCACCGGUCAGCUGUCAAUCGAUCCGCUCUCAAUAAACAGAUUUGCUCAUCGAUCCCCACCCCGCAAAAAUGUCAUUUUUCACACAUUUCUUCUCGCUAAUUAUUUUAAUUAUUGUUUCGAUUGAAUUCGUUUCCCCAUUUUGUUAUCCUAAAAUUCCUUUAUUGGAUUUACAACCAACACAGUACAAUGGAUCGUGGUUUGUCAUUGCUCGAAAACCAUCUGCUUCUCGGUAUUUUCUACCAAAAAACAUAAAUUCAAGUAUGAUCAGCUUGAUUUUGCAAAAAGAUAAUAAGACUCUAUCCUUCGCCGAGUAUCAUACAGUUGAUCAAAAAUGUCACUCUUUAAAAGGAAGUAUGACUCAACACAAAGGAGGAUAUAUGAUGGAAGUAAAUCAAACUGUUGGAAGUAACUACGUUGAGAAAAUAUUCUUCCGUUCGAUUUAUCAUGGAUACUCUGGAGAGCAGAAUGAAGAAAUGAAUAUGGUUUUGUAUGGUUGUUUGGAUGGAAAUGAUAAUGGUGGCUGUAAAAUCGGUGAUGAACUUGUCCUGAUUAUGAGUAACUCUCGACAUCCUCAGACUUUGCAAUUAUAUAAAUCGGCUCAAGUGAUCGAGGAUGAAGCUUGUAUUGAUAUUCUACACUUUACUGCUCUUGAUACAUAUACUGAAUGUGGAGAUGAGAUGGUCGAUGAGGAUCAGAAAUUGAGACAUGCAAAGAUUGAUGAGGACAAUGAAUUUGUUGAUGUCGAGUGUCGAGUUGAAAAUAUUCGGCCUGCAAAUAAUAAUAUUUCAUUAUUUUUUAAAGAACCUCGAGUGCUAACUGUGGUUGCCUAUAUUGAUGCAAGCUUAUCUGGUGAACAAAUAGCUCAUAUAAGUUGCCGAUAUAACACUGAAACAACUGCAGAAUGCGAAUGGAUUAGGCAAGACACUUGCUUUAAGACUAACUUGACGCAAACAUUGGGCUCUAACCAAAUUCAGAUUUCAUCUUCAAUUCUGAAAGUCAACGGGAGCACUGUACCAAUUGAUUGGUCAGGAUUUGUUCUCUGGGAAAACGGCGAUGAGUACAUUUCAAUGCAUUGCGGUCUUGUGGACGACGAUGGAGGUUGUGAUUCUGUGAGAGUCUACGUUUGGUCAGAUGAGGAUCAUAUGGAUCAACCGACAAUUAAUGAAAUCUAUCGAGAACUUCAAAAAGUUUGUGUGGAUCCUACUGAUCUCAUCUUCUUGAACACUUUCCACGAAUGUAUAAUACCAUCUCCUACCCCAAAUCUUCUUCGUUGUCAAUCUCCAAAUGGCUGGAGCCCAAUCACUUUGUCAAUGUUGCAAGGUGUCUGGUACAUUGCUGCUGACCUGAAUGCGGAUCCAAAAAUGUUCUUGCAAUCAACAGUCAUUAAUAUGAAAAGGAUUCAAAAUAGUUCCAAUCUAGAACUGAUCUAUUAUGCCCAAAAAGAAAGCGAUGGGCGUUGCAUUGGACCUGGAAAUGGAACUGUAAAACUGACUGAUAAGGGAGAACUUCAUGUCCAUAUUGAAUACACAUAUUCAUUUGUUCCAGGAUAUAAGAGCUCAAUUAAAUUCAAAUUCCAAAUCCUGUAUCUGGACAAUCAACGAGCCGUUCUCUACUGGUGCUUUCGUCGUUCUUCGAAUGGGACUUGUAUCCAACAUGACGUCACUUUUAUGAUCCGUUCCCGCCACUUCUCCCAUAAUGAUCUUUCAAUGAUCCUUCCGUAUCUCGACAAAGUUUGCAUAGAUAAGAAGGAUUUGAGAUGGUUCGAUCUGCAUUCACAGUGUGGAACUGAAAUUUCGUCUUCGACGAUUCUCCGUCGUGACUUGAUCACUCUUACUCAUUAUCAUGUUCUCGACAUUUUGACAAAUGUACAAGAGCCAAAGUGUUUGUAUAAUGAAAUUCGAGGUGUCAGAGCUGAUAUUCAUUCCCUAGAAAGGGCUGGAACUUGGUUUUUGAUGUCAAGAAUGGAUGAGAUGAGUAUGGAUACGUAUGCAAUGGUUGGACGAAUUUUUGCAGUAACCAAUUCAACGGCAGUCCUCAGAUUGUUCCAAUCGGCUGCUCUGCCAGGAGAGCCUCGUGAAUGUUUCACCCGAGUCUUCACAAUUCGGGAACGAGAAAAUGAUCAAGGCUCGGAUUAUUGGUACGAGUUGCAUUUUGAAUCGACGACAAAAAACUCAACAUUCAUGAUUUUCCGUUUUCUCUUCUACAAUCGACAUGUUGGCGUCGUUUAUUCAUGUUUGAGAAAUAAACCCGAUGGAAGAUGUGAUGAAAAAGCAAUCUACGUGAUUUCCCGUCACGAAUCAAUUGAUCAUGCUGAAUUGACCGUCCUUGAAAAAGUUGCAAAAUCUGUAUGCGUUGAGCCAACUCUUUUGUAUCAUGUUGCAGCUCAUGAUGAAUGCAUAUUUGAGCAUAAUCGUCUCAAACCUCCCGCUUGCAGUUCCAUCGAUAGUUCUUCAAGUAAUGCAGAAUGGGUUGAAUUGAAUCUGCAACAAAUUGAGGCCUCCUAUGGUCGACUACUGUACCAAGUCGUUGCAAGCUCCAACGGUCGUACUUCUAACUUUGCCCUCCGAUUCGAUGGACAACACUUUCAAAAAAUCACCGAGCAAUCAUCGGGAUGUCUUUCGUCACCAGUUUCACAAAUUCGAUUCUCUCUUCGCAAUCGGAAUUUGAUCUACCUUCCAGCUGAUGAUGGUCUUGUCGCUCUUAUUCAUCCAGCAGGAAUACAUUCCGAUCUUCUUCUCCGUGAAGCUCAAAUGUCUGGAGUUCUGCCGUGUUUGGCUCCAACUGCUAUACCAGAGAAACAGAACUGCUCACAACUGAUUGCUCCAGUGUGCAAACUUCCGAAUGAAACAUUGUCGAGUACAGAACAGUUGAAUGGUGAUUGGUACCUAUACUCUUCUGAUCCAAUGUUCGUGUUGAAUUGGAGAUGUACAUUCAGAGAUGGCGAUGACUAUUAUAGCCAUACAUUUGAAUGCUUUUCCGAAUCUUGGGUCGGAGAAUGCGAACGUUCCACACGUGGCACAAUUAACAUCCAUAUUUCAAAUUCCACAUUCUACACUGUAUUUGAGGAAGAAGAAGCUCCAAUCAGAACUCCCGAAGCAGAAAUCUUCACGUCUGGCAGGAUAUCAGUGACCGAUGAACGUCUCCUAAUGCUCAAAGAAGACCAUCUUGUUGGAAGAGCAUACUCGUUGUGGUUGCGAAAGACAGAGGGUGGAAUGACUGAAAAAGUGAGACAAGACGCCGAAUCGUUUUGUGUUUGGCCGAUUGAAUCACAGAUCAGACAUACCGCCAUGCUGUGCUAGCACAGGUGACAGUAAUAGUUGAAGGCAACAACCUGCAAACAAAUUAACUGUAUUAUUUAAUCCUAUGUUUUUACUGUAAAGUUGGGGUUUUCAAAAUGAAUAUUUAACAAAUUAAAA